AAACACCGGCGCGGGCGCAUUCAGUCGGCAUUCAGACUUGAAAGCGGUUGCUAUUGAGAGCCACGCGCACGCCGAUCUCGACGCACGCGCCGAACGAAAUACGAAAAUAAAAAAUAAACCCCGGGGUUACGCAAGGGUGUGUUCUAGGACCAGUGUGAAUAUUUUAUUUUUUUUUACAAAAUAGUGAUACGUGAUAAGUGAAUUGUGUGGUCCAUUUGUGAUGCUGUGUUGCAUGAUGAGUGUUCUACAAUCGCAUUUUUAAUGAUUACGCUGCCAGUACCGGGUGCGGCUUGAAAAAUUCUUUUUUUUUUCUAAUUUGUAUCGAAAUCAGUGUAUAUGUGUGAGAAGGUGGCAUUCGACAAGAUGACGAACAUCAGCCCAGAGACGAGGAUCAUGAUCAUGAGACCUCAUGAUGGGAGAGGGACAUGUAGAAGACAGAUACUAGCCGCUCUCGCCGUCUCGCUCGGGCCGUUCGCCGCUGGGCUCAGCAAGGGUUACAUGUCACCAGCCCUGGACUCCAUGCAAGAGUCCAGGUUGAGGUUCCCAGUGAGCGACCAGCAGGCCAGCUGGAUAGCCAGCUUAAGUUUAUUGGGCGCACUAGUGGGCGGUAUAUUAGGAGGCAUGGCGAUGAGGUAUGGCAGAAGAACUAUUCUUCUGGCAGCUGCGUUGCCGUACACUCUCGCAUGGUUGGCUACAUCACUCUCCACCAGCGUCAACAUGCUGGCUGCGACCUCCUUCUGUGGUGGUCUACUGGUCUGCUGCAUAACUAUGAUUACCCAGGUAUACGUCACAGAAAUAGCCGUCCCGGAAAUCAGAGGGUUUCUAAGUUCAGUCCUGAAGAUACUCAGUCACAUCGGAAUCCUGAUUUCCUUCACCAUCGGGACUUACCUCGACUGGUCCCAACUCGCCCUGGUCGUAGCAGCCGCUCCAGUAUUACUAUUCUUCGCCUUGCUCUUCGUACCUGAGACUCCUUCCUUCCUCCUUCUUCGAGGUAAAGAACAAGAAGCCGAAAAAUCUCUACAAUGGCUCAGAGGACCAGAUGCAGACAUCGGCCAAGAACUGGCUACAAUCCGCACAAAUAUAUACGCCAGCAAACAAUAUAAUGAAGACCACUCUAGUAGAUUGAAAGUUCUUGCGUCAAAACGUAUGAUUAGACCAGUUCUGAUUACUUGUGGAUUGAUGUUCUUUCAGAAAUUUACCGGUUCUCAAGUCUUUAGUUUCUACGCUGUUCCUAUGUUUAGGAAGACUUUCAGGAGUAUGAGUGCCCAUGGCGGAGCUAUAGCUACUAGUGUUGUCCAGCUCCUAGCAUCAUGUUUGUCAGGAAUGCUUAUCGAUAACAUUGGUAGACUUCCUCUUUUACUCAUCAGCGGCUUUAUGAUGUCUAUCGCUUUAGCUGGUUUUGGAUCUUACGCUUAUUACGAAGAUGUUAUCAGAAAUUCGACUGAUUUAACUAUGAGCGCCGAUUCUGGCUCGUAUGAUUGGAUUCCUUUAGUUUGUGCUCUAGCCUUUACUAUAGCGUUUUCAUUAGGUAUAGGUCCUAUAUCAUCUUUGUUAAUUGGAGAAUUAUUUCCUUUAGAGUAUAGAAGUACAGGUAGUGCGUUAGCUACAAGUUUUAGCCAUCUAUGCGGUUUUGUUAACGUAAAAACUGUGCCUGAUUUUAUUUAUUACAUAGGCUUACAUGGUCUCUUUUGGAUGUACGCUGGGAUAUCGGUGCUAUGUCUAUUAUUUGUGGUUCUGUUCGUCCCUGAAACUAAAGGUCGGGAGAUUGACGAAAUGGAUCCGAAAUACGUUGAAUCGUUAUGUAUUAACCGAUAAUUUUGAAUUGUUACUUUAGGUUUUAUCUUAUGCAGUAUUACACUGUUGAAGUGAUCAUUACGAGAUUAUUAUCUCAUAUCAGGAUGCAGAUGACGGAUUCCUUUUGGAGUGAUGUAGUCAUCUUCUAGUCUGUUUUGUGCAAAUUUGCAUUUGUAUCUAGAAUUAGUUCCUUUAGUUUCAUGAGCCACACUUGUUAUUAUUUUUGGAAACUUUAAGCAUUUGCGCUAUAAAAGUUUAAGUUUUGUGUAAGUUAAAUGGAUUAUGUUUUAAGCUGACAAAACUAAUUGUUAUUUCGUUUAGAAUAACGUUUGCGUAAUUGUUGUAUUUUCUUGGUGCUGUGAAAUCAGUGGCUUCAUAAUUAAGUGCCUUAUCCUAGUUCCUGUCAUCACAAUCAGGAGGGUUGAUGAAGAUCUGAAAAUUGCGAAAUCGAUUCGCGUAGAUCGCAAACAUUUGUGACUGAUUACGUACAAAUAUUGAAAUGUGGAAAUAUAUUUCGCUUGGAUGUUUGGUCAUUUUAAAAGUUUUAAUCAUUUUCUGAAGUCAGUGAACUUAUAUAUAUUUUUUUUUUCAUUUUGAAUUUAAAAAUUCAUUAUGUGUUUUAAAAAAGGUGAAAUUUAUUUUUGCCUUCUUAAGUAACUUCCAACUUUUUAUUUGAAACCUUAUCAAAUGAAAUUUUUACUGUUAACAAAAUCGCGAUAAAAUUCUACAAAAAUGACUGCACGUUUGUAAAACAUUUGUAUUAUAUUAUCUGUAAAUACGUAUUUUUAUUUUAGUUAUUAUAAGAAAAUUGUUUGAGUUAUUAUAAAUACGGGUAGAGAAAUAAUAAAAGUUUUAUUAAAGUCUAUAUUGGCAUAUUGUCCUAAAUAAAAUCUACAAAAUAAUCCAGUGAAAAUAUUACAAAUUAUUAUAGAUAAUAAAUUAUAAUAUGUUUUGUAACAUUUUUUAUCAAACCUAGUGGUGCUAAUUGAUGCCUUGAAAUAAAAAAAAACACUCUAAAUAAAAUUGUUUUACAAAAAUAAUGUAUGUAAAACAGUAUUGUAUAUGAUUUAUUAGUAUUUAUGUAGAAGUUGAAUGUUUUAACGUGUUGCCAUAAUUUUA